CUGUAGAUGUGUUUUUACACGUGGAACCAUUCCCAUGUUAGACUUUUGUCUUCACACGGAUUGUUUACGGCAACGGUCAAAAUAAUGAGUGUUUACAUCGUUGUCUUCAUAGUUUUAUCCUAUCUGAUUUGGCUAAAAUGCAUUUACUAUCGACAUCGGCGGUCGUUGGUGAAGUCGUUGAAACGUGUUAUGAAUGUUUUAUCAAGUGGAGAAAUGAACGGAGACGACAUCAGCGCUCUGAUCGUAACUGCGCAUCCGGAUGAUGAAUGUAUGUUCUUCGCGCCAACGAUCGUACGACUCGUUGAGUUAGAAGUCAACGUUCAUUUGCUGUGUUUAUCCGCAGGAAACUACUACAAUCAAGGAGCUCAGCGCAAACAAGAACUUCUCAACAGCUGUGCCGUGUUGGGGAUACCAGACUCCAGAAUCACCAUAGUAGACCAUAAAAAACUUCCAGACGAUCCCAAAGCAGAAUGGAGCGUCUCACUGGUCUCCUCUGUAAUUGUGCAGCACAUGAGAGCUCACUCCUUCAACAUGGUGCUGACCUUCGAUGGGAGCGGAGUGAGUGGCCAUGCCAAUCACACAGCCAUCCAUAAAGCUGUCAGCCAUCUCGCUUUCACCGGACAAGUACCCAAUGACUGCCGUUUGCUCUCCCUGGUGACCGUUGGCCUCCUCAGGAAGUACGUCUCCUUCCUGGAGCUCCCCUUCAGCUGGCUGCUGCCCUCGUGCCUCCGCUGUAUUAUCGGCUCACAGGGCUACAGGCGGGCCAAAGAUGCCAUGUUUUGUCACCGCUCUCAACUCCUGUGGUUUCGUUACCUCUACAUCACCUUCUCGCGGUACAUGUUCGUCAACACAUUCCAAAUGAUCCCACAAGGACCAAAGAACCUGAAGGUGUAUUAAGUUGUCACUGUGUUACUGUAGGUGUCCUGCUGCCUAACUCCCUGAUUACUGUGGUAGGAGCGAGUUUAGUUUACAUGAUGAGCUGUUUUGCUCACUG